CUUUCUUUUCUGCGAGAAAUUCUUCUUAAGAAAACCAUCUUUCCACUUAUUACCCCCCUUCUUUCUUAUGGUUUUCAACAUCUUGUGAAGAGCCACAUUUAGUGUUUUUUUUUUGUUGGGUGGGAAAGACAGGAUGAAAGGAGGAAGCAGUAGUACAGAAGAUUCAAAGUCGAACCCCAAAAACCAAAUUGAAUUCGAAGAAGAGGAGGAAGACGAUCUCGAGACAGAAGAAAAUAGCAAAGAUCAAGAUACAACAAGAUCCAGCUCUAGUAACAGCACUGUGGAAGAGAACGGGAAAAAGACUAAUUCAGGAAGUGUACGACAAUAUGUACGUUCCAAAACUCCGAGACUACGGUGGACGCCUGAGCUCCAUCUUCGCUUUGUUCAUGCUGUUGAAAGAUUAGGGGGCCAAGAUAGAGCUACACCAAAAUUGGUUCUUCAACUAAUGAACAUUAAAGGCCUCAGCAUAGCGCAUGUCAAGAGCCAUCUUCAGAUGUAUAGAAGCAAGAAAACUGAUGACCCCAAUCAAAUUUCUACGGACGGAAGAUUUCUACUUGAGAACGGAGAUCAUCAUAUUUUCAAUCUUACCCAACUUCCUAGGCUGCAAGGGUUUAACCAAACUUCUACUUCGAGCUUAAGGUACGAGAGUGCCUUAUGGAAUCGUCAUGCUAAUUCUCUGUACAACCCUUAUAACAUGAAUAUUGGGGGUGGCUCCAGUAUAAGUACAAGGCAUGGUUUUGCAAACGACAUCAAUGGCCACUCAUCACAUGAACAUUUAUAUUCAUGGAUUAAAACCACUGAAAUUGAGAAAAACCAAAAUCGACAGAAUCAAAGAUUUUGGCCUACUCAAAUUGGAACAAGCUCAACAAAACAAAAUCUCCUAAUGACAUUACCUAUAGAUAGAAAUAGAGAUAGAGAUAAAGAUGAGAUAGCCAAGCAAUUCAACAGAAGAUCAGAGCAAGAAAUGAUGACACAACUGCGGGCUAAAGAGAAUUGUCUUUCCUCAAGGGGAAAAUGGUGGAUGAGUGAAGAAGUUGCAAUAAGCACAUCCUCAAAUAAAAGAAAGAUUCAAGAUUCAGAAAUCAAUCUUGAUUUGAACCUUUCACUGAAAACAACAAGAGAGUAUCAUCAGAAAAGAUUGAAGGAUGAACAAGUUGGGGAUCUGCUUUCCCUUUCUUUGUUCUCAUCAAGUACUACUUCAGAAGAAAAUAAUGCAAAAAAGGCAAGUACCCUUGAUCUGACUUUGUGAAUGGUGACAAUACUGAUUCUGAGUGAGAUUUUGAGGUACUUGUUUGAUUAACAUCUUUGUCCUAUGUAUAUGCUAGAAUUAUCAUUGCUUGUCUUGUUGUUAUUCCCAAUUUGUACGCAUAUAUCAUUGAGGAAACCUAGGCAAAACUUUUAUUUAUCUCAUCAUAGUACUCUUCAACAUUGUUGGGUAAUGGGAAUAAAUUAAAUCCACCUAACUUUCUUGAAAAACUACUUUAGUUGUCAGU